GCAGCGGGGGGGGUGGCGCCGCCAUGUCAUCGCCGGGGCGGUCCGAGGAGGUGGACCAGACGCUGUUCGUGGGGAACCUGGAGAGCCGCGUGCGGGAGGAGAUCCUCUACGAGCUCUUCCUGCAGGCUGGACCACUAAUCAAAGUGACGAUUUGUAAGGACAAAGAAGGAAAACCUAAGUCCUUUGGAUUUGUCUGUUUUAAGCACAAAGAAUCAGUGCCUUAUGCAGUAGCUUUGCUGAAUGGAAUCCGUUUGUAUGGAAGACCAAUUAGAGUGCAGUUUCGGUUUGGGAGUUCUCACUCAGCAGAACAGAACAGCCCUAAACGUGGUUUUGAGAACUAUACUGACUUACAUUCACCUUCAUAUAGAUAUCAAGAGCUGUAUGGAAGCCCUCCAAUUCCUGUUACUCCUUUUCCAAUGAACAGUAGUCCACCUCAUGAAUACUUGGGCUUUCCAAAGAUGGUGAACAGUUUAGGACAGCAGUACCCAGUACAGAGUCCAAUGGUUCAGCAAUUUCCUUAUUACCAGAUGACUCCACCACAGCCUUCAAAUUUCCGCUUUUCUCCCAAUCAGAACCAAGCUGCAAACUUUAAGUCUGCAGAGAGUUCUUUUGAAAUGGCCCUGCCACACUCAAGUCACUGUGGAAUGCACCAGGUAGAUCAAAGAACCUAUAAAAGAAAAAGAGAACACCAAAGUUAUGACAGUGACACUAGCUCUGAGGGUGACAAAAUGAGACAAAGAAAGGACGGCGAAAAAUACAGGAAGUGCAAAGCCAAGAGAAAGAGGCGCUAAUAUUGCCUAACUGGGUUAGUCUUUUUGUUAUUUGCUGCUUUUAUUUGAGGGGAAUGCAAUAUUUCAUCUUUGCACUUUAUUAAAAAAGUGAAUGUUCGAGAUUCAUAUUAUUUUUAAAAAGUUUUAUGCAUAAAGGAUACUGAUAACUUUAUUUAAUCUCAACCUAUUUAAAGAGGAAAGUACUAUUUCAGGUAUAGGAAGCGUUUAAGAAGAUAAAGUUUUCCAAAUAAAGAAAAAAAACUCGUUGAUUCUCUCUUCACCCAGGAAUCAUGGAAGGCUAUUAUUUCACUAAUACAGAAAGAAACUUUAUGAAAAUACAUGAUUUCAGCCACUCAUGAAGCAUAUGUAUCAUGUCCGUCACUUAUGGAAUGUAUUUCUGUGACUGGUGUAAGAAUUCUCCAGAGCCACUGAAGAAGUGAUCAGGCUAGAAAUACAUCAGAGAACAUCAGAUAUGUGCUUGUCACUGAAGUACUGUAACUUUGUUCUGAUUUAGCUCUGCUGUUACUUUCAGUUAGAAUCAGUUUGUGUGGUUAUUGGAACUCGGUUUUUCCAGUAGUAACUUUGAGGUAAAAUACAGGCUACAGGGUAAAAUACACUGGCUACAAGACUUACAUAUGUAUCAGUACUAAAAUGCAUGUAUGUACUUUAUGGCUUCAGUUAUGUACUGAAUAGAAUUAUG